GCCUUAAUAAAUUGCAGUUAGCAUGCAAGUCUGUAGCAAAUUCUCGAAUCUGACGCAGCACCCGUGGGUAGCGAGCUCUGACGACAAUUUCGGCACGCACAUCAAACUGAUCGAAGUCGAACGCGCCUAUGCUUCGCACAACGAUUUUAAACUGUUAAUUUGUCAAUUAUGCAAUUUAUCAUCAUUAUUAUUUGUGCUUCAUUUUGUGAUUUUGGUAAUAUAAUGCUCAUGCAGGUUAAAUGUUGGAUAACCUACUAAUUAUAUUUUGGUUAAUUAUUUGAUUUUACAUGUGGAAUAAUUCAUUGGAAUUUGUUUCGUUGUAAUUAAUUAUGCAACUGCAGCAUCAACGCCAUUGCGAAGCGCUCGCUGUCGGAGAACUUUAACUACCAGAACGCAUCCAGGAGUCCCGAGGCAUACGGCGCAACUUCAUGAUCGACUCGUACCCCCUGAACCCCACCGAGUACCUCAUCUCCACCUCGUUCCGCCGCAACGUUACGCGACGUGUGCGGCAUCGUGCGCAUCCAGGCCGUCCUGGAGCAGUGGGGCCUCAUCAACUUCCAGGUGCACUCCGAUAAUCGCCCCAUGGACUUCAGACCCAGCAACACGGCCCACUACAACAUUCUGUUGGACACGCCGGUGGGCAUCCAGUCGCUGGCGGGGGCCGGACAGACGGCGGUGUCGGUCCCGCGCUCCGGCGCCGGCACGCGAACGGUCUUGUCCUUGCUCACGGUGACGGACGCGCCGCUGAUGGCGUCGGUGAUUCGCUCCAGAAGUCGGGAAAGCAGCGAGGAGAUGGAGAGCUCCAGCGCCGCCGAGAGCUCCGGCUCGACACAGGCACAGCUGCGGCGGUUCGGUGUCCAUUACGGGGGAGCUGUGCAGCCGGCCGAACCGCGACGACCGGGCGGCAUCGGAGCUGGGCCUGCCGGUGUCGGCGGAGGAGAUCGUCAACAUGCCGGUGAGGAGCUCAACAGCCUCGUCAGCGGCCAGAGCACGGGCCUCGGCCUGAGCCUGACGCUUAGCCAGGAGCAGAUCCAGCUCAUGAAGGAUAUCCGCCGCCGCGGCACGGACAAGGUGGCCGCGCAGCACUGCCGCCAGAGGAAGAUCGACGACAUGAGUCACCUGGAGCGGGAGAUCUACAAUCUGCGGCAGGAGCUGUCGCUGGCCACCGCUCGCCGCGACGAAGCCGCCCGGCAGUGCGAGGUGUUCCGGGCGGCGUUGGCCGGGCCCAGUGUCAUCCAGGCGCUGAGCAGCAGUAAACAGACGGUACACGUCGGCGGCCAGCAGCAUCAUCACGCGUUCGUGUUGGUGGCCAAUGUCCAAGCCAACGCUAACGCCUCCGGCCCGCUGCGCAAACGGAAGAAGGACGCCUGAGCGGAUGAGAAUUAUUCUUUAAUUUUUUUUGUUUUCUGGUGAUGAGCGGCGCGUUAUGAGGAACGCUGUAGUGGAAAGAGGGCGGAGAUGGUUGAUUAAUUGGAUUAGAUUCAUUUUACGGUUGGUAUUUUGAAGAGUUUUAUUCGGCAUCCAACCCGACCCGAGCGGACCUGGGCGGAAAUGGGAAUUCAACUCCGUGGUCAGCAAACCUUUCAUUUGGCGUGUUGUAUUGAUCCUGAUCAGAUGGUGUUUUGUUGUUUUCGCGUUGUACACACAAACAAUAUUAUUAUUAAUCUGGCAUUAAAAAGCAUUCUUGC